AACAUUCAUGAAUUGCUUAACAAAUCUCACCUCCAAAAAAAAAAAGAAACUUUUUUUUAAUGUCAGAGGUUCCAAACCAUUUUAGAUUAACUUUUCUUAGGAUAGCAGACUCUCCCAACGGAAAUUGAAUCAUUACUCUAUAAAUACUUACUAGAUAAUCUAAGAGUUUUAGCUACAAGGCCAACUAAUCGUGGUAAAAUUAGAAACUUUACAAAAGAAAGAGAAAAAGAUUACAUAAGAGAAAAUUUUAUUGUGGGACAAGGCAUCUAUCAAAGUGGAUAAUCUCUUUGAAUUUUACUUCCUAAUAGGGAAUUAAGUUUAUAGACCCUUUGUGAGGUCUAAGCUUGUAUGGCUUGCAUCAAGGGGAAGGUAUUGCGUAAGAAGCUUUUCACAAACUACACAUUCCUUGCGUCAAACUGCAAUAUACGUCUCUAUAAGUAUGCAUAUGUUAGCUUUCCAUGGCCAUGCUCUGAUUUAUAAAAUUUCUCAAGGUAAAGUUCUACUCGAUAUAUAUUAGUUUUAUGAAACCAGGGAGCAGCAAGCAAACUCUGUGCCUAUGGGACCUGCGGUGGAGUUGUGGAAGGAAAGAGAGAUGGACAAAACGAGAAAGAAGUACGAGAAGCUAAGCGAGAAGAUUAUGUUAUGGGAAGACAAGAAGAAGAAAAAAGCAAAGAGAAAGCUUCAUAGAACAGAGAGAGGUGUUGAAAAGGAAAAGUUGAAGGCGAAGCAGAGGUUCAUAGAUGAUAAUGAACGCAUUGAGAUCAUUGUUGCAAGUGCAAGAACACAUGCAUAUGAGAGUCAAUUGAAGGAAGAGUUGAAGGUUAAGGAGAAAGCAAACCUCAUGAGAACAACAGGGAGGAGUCCAUGUACAUGCCUUUGAAUACUGCAAACUGCAAGAAAUGUGAAGCUAAACAUUCUUUCUUAACUGCUUAGAAUUAUUGUUGAAUAUGUAAAAGGCAGACACAACUGAGGUGUUAAUCUAUAGAGUAUUAGAGAGAUAAUCAAACAAAGCAAAUGUGAUCCAAUUUUUUUUUUAUAGCAAAAUUGAACUAUAAUCGAUUAUUGGUUCGGUUUGGUAA